UCUCCACCCCUCAUCUCUCUUUCUCCCUGUGUGUCCCUACCGAAAAGCCGUUUAAUUCCUGAAGGUUUACGCUUUUGUUUCGAUUGUUUUGUCGCACGAAUUAGUGGAUUUUCUUGCCUACUAAAAACCGUCAUAACGUUUAGGCUACUAACGUAACUGCGCCACUUGUAACAAACUAUACUUUAAAUCAUAGCCGCUUGAACACACGUUGGAUAGUCUUGCAAUUCAACGCCCUACUCCAGUUAGAGUGAGCAAGAAGUUCAGAUAAAGGAACGGGGGAAUGAAAGUAAGGGUGGAAAGUAAGAAGGAGGGAGAGCAGGAAGGAGAAUAUAGGUAAACUAGGAAGAGUUUUUAUUCAAGGAAGAGAGAAAGUUAUGUGGGCACAAUAAUCGUCUCCCCCGGUUUGUCAGCGCAAGAAGUUUGUACUCCUGGGGGAAAUUGUCUUUCUGUUAUACAAACAGAACCGCCCUCCUCCCCAGAGCAGCGUGAAAUCUACCCACCUUGGUACGCUGUCCUACUGACACAAGAGAUGGAGGGAGAGAAGGAGAGAGAGAGGGAGCGGGGAGAGGAGAAAGAGAGCGACGAGACUGAGGAAGAUGAUGAAGAGGAGGAGGAUGAUGAAGAUGCAGAGGGAGCAGCGUUGGUGUGGCAGGAGGGCUCGUACGGAGAGGAUGACCUGGGUCUACCCAUAAUGCACUGGGAGGCGCUGAGCCUGCGCAUCGCCGAGCUGGAGAAACAGGAAGAGGAAAAGAGAGAGAAGAAGACAAAGUCUUCCAGUGUCCUGGAACGAGGGAAGAAGUUGUUAGAGAGCCGGCCGCUAGAGAGGGAUGGAGGGGAGAGUAAAGAGAACUGGGAGGAUGGAGGAGAGGCGGAGGACUGCAAUAGCCGCGUGACAGCCCUGACCUCUCGUCUUUCAAAUCAGAUGAACCUCCAGCUGUGCUUCAUCAAUGACAGUGGGAGCGAAGAAGAGGAGGAGGAUUCUGGGGAAACGAUUUGCGCAAAGAAUUCCAAAAUGGUGGUAAAGAAUGGUUCCAACGGUUCCAGCGUGCAGGUGCCCCAUCAGCCCCAGUCCCCGGCUGCCACCAAAAGCAAAUCAUCAGGCUUCAAGGCUGCACUGAGUGCCCUCAAAAACAGGCUGAGGAUGGAGCAGAAACAGGAGAGUCUAUCGUGUGGUGAUCAACUGUUGAAGAAUGGAAAGCUAGACUGUAGAGACCUGCAGGCCUUCAGUCUCAAAGAACUCAACACUCACAGAAACUCUCUCAAUAAGGCAAUACAAGACCUGAGCACAGAGCUGGUGGUUGACCUCCAGACUCGGGACCAGCUGAGGACGGAACAGGACGCCAUGCUGCUGGAGGUACAGGGUAUGACAUCACUCUGACCCAGUCCCAGGCAAGGUGGGGGGACAGUUUGUGUCACGGAUUUGGAACUAGAAAUUCCUCUCUAGGGUUCUAUCUCUAUGAGAAGUCCCGUAACCAUAGAAUCCUUCUAAUCAUUCUAAAUCUAUGGUGAGUCGUCAUCACAUCAAAUUGAAUCCCGGUGUCGGUGAUGUCACAAUUAAUCGAUGUUGGAUUAGACACUCUUCUUCAAAUGAAAGGAUGAGUCAAAUCACUCUGAAGAGACUGCAUCACUCCUAAAUACUUUUUGAUUGAAUUGCACAGCGUUUUGUUUUUAUUUUAUACCCAGUGAGCAAAACUGGUUGAAAUGACAUGAUUACACCCAGUUUUACAUUCAUUAUGACAUCACAUCAACCAGUUUUGUUUGCCCUCUGUGUUUUUUUGCGGUAAAUCAAAUGUGUAUGUCUGGACUGUUAUCUGGACUGUUAGUGUUGUAGUGUUUUAGGGGGAAAUAACUGUAAUAUUAUAAGGGAUUAAUAAACUGCUAUUGCUGCCCAUGGAUCGAUCUAGCUCUAAUAUCAUCGUCAUCCAUAUAUUGAAAUGUAAUGAUUGUUUGGUAGCACAUUAUUCGAACAAUGCGUCAUAUACAUUGAAUAAAGGUGAUUCUGAUUGCAUCAUAAUAAUAUCAUAGGAUUUUCUUGUCACUGAGUGUUAUGACGUAGAGUUCAAAUAAAGUUUUACAGAUUGUUUUUA